AUGGGUUCCGUGGACCGGGCCGCCGGCUCCGCAGCCUCGGCAAGCAGCAAUGGCACCCUGAAGCGCCGCCGCCGGGUUGCCGUCAUCGGCGCCGGGCCCUCGGGCGCCAUCACUAUUGACGAGCUGGUGCGGGAGCGGUGCUUCGAUGUCGUCCGCGUCUUCGAGCGGCGCGAAGCCCCUGGUGGCUGCUGGGUCGACGAUGCCGGACUGAGUGCAAGUAGUGACCAGAAUGGUGGUAGUGGUGGCUCAGGUCCCAGCCCUUCGAGGACGACAACGGCACUGUCUUCGUCGCUGUCAUCAACAGCACCCGCAAACCUGGAUGCCAACAUCCUCGCCGCCCUCGCGGCAGGGACCGCGGAUCCUCCGGUGCAAACACCCGCCGCCGAACUGCUUCCCUCUAUCAGGUCAGCAACUCUGACGCAAGACGCCACCACUCCCGAUCUGCGCGAGGAAUGCAUGCGCCUCCGCGAGGCCCGCCGCCAUCAACCGCGCUUCACCGAGUCCUCGAUAUACCCGUAUCUCGAGACCAACGUGGACGUCGUGACGAUGCAGUACAGCCAGGAGCCCAUAGUCGGCCCGCCCUCGGCCCGCUCCGUCGCCCUGCACGGCGAGGACACCCCCUUCCGGCACUGGACCGAGAUGCGGCGCUACGUCGAGCACCUGGUGCGCCGCAGGGGCUACGAGGAGCUCAUCGAGUACAACACGACCGUCGAGAGGGCCGAGAAGGUCGGCGAGGAGGAGUGGAGGCUGACGCUCCGCAAGGAGGUGCGGCUUGGAGAUGCCGUCGAGGACGAGUGGUGGGUGGAGUGGUUUGACGGUCUCGUCGUUGCAAGCGGGCAUUUCAGUGUUCCGUACAUCCCACAUGUCGACGGCCUCGCGGAUCUUGUGCGGGACAGGCCGGGGAGCGUCCUGCACAGCAAGCAUUUCCGCGGCAGAGACGCUUUCAAGGACAAGCGAGUCGUCGUGGUGGGAGCCUCCGUCUCGGCAGCAGACAUAGCCUUCGACCUCGUCCAGUCCGCCAAGCUGCCCGUCCACGCCGUCAUGGUCGGGCGCAACCCAAACCCGUUCUUUGGCGACGGCGCCUUCUACCACCCAGGCAUCGCGCAGCACCCUACCAUUCUGCGCAUCGAAGUCAAUCCUCCCACCACAACCACCACCACCACCACCACAACUACAACAACAACAACAACGGCACAAGGCGGAGGAGGACCUCCUCCGCGGCGGCGCACAGUGCACUUCAUCGACGGCACCUCCGUCAGCGACGUAGACCACAUCAUCUUCGGCACGGGCUACACCUGGUCCCUGCCGUUCCUCCGGGACGCGGGAGUCGAGACCCGCAACAACCGCGUGCCGGGCCUGUACCAGCACGUCGUCUACACGCGCGACCCGUCCCUGCUCUUUGUCGGCGGGGUCGGUGCGGGCCUGACCUUCAAGAUCUUUGAGUGGCAGGCCGUCCUCGCCGCGCGGGUCCUCGCGGGAAAGGCGCGCCUGCCUCCUAGGGAGGAGCAGGAGCGCUGGGAGGCGCAGAGGGUCGCGGAAAAGGGCGACGGGAAGGGGUUCUGGACCAUUUCGCCGCACUUUGAGGAGUACUUUGAGGCGCUGCGGAGGAUGGCCAAUGGUGACGACGACGGCGGCGAUGGUGUGGAUGAUGUGGAUGAUGGGACUGCUGCGGAGGGAAGAAAGGGGCAGAGGUUGUCGCCAGCACCAGCACCAACAGCACCAGCGGCGAGCACAGCAACGACACCAGAAGGGCCAGCGGAGCCGGUCAACGCGGGAAAGGCAGAGGUAGUACAGUUAGGCAGGAGAAUUCUCCCACCGUUCGACCGGGCGUGGCAGGACGCCUUUAUGGCCGGGCACGAGCGGCGCAAGGACAUGUGGAAGCGCAUCAUAGCGCGGGAUGCGGCGACGUGGGAGACGCAACACGCCCCUUCGUCUGUCAGCGGGAGCAAGGAAUAG